AUGAAGAGCAACAACAGCGUGUCUCGACGCGAUGACAACAACAUCCCUGAUGGCGCUACUGCCACAUAUCUCAUGACUACCGAACCUGCUACAAGCGGCCUGGUUUCUGCUCAGCACAACAUCAUGAUGGGCAAUGUUCAGGCUAUCCACAGCCAGACUGAUGAGUCCAUGAGCGUCAUCUCUGGCUUCCUGGCCUCCCAGCACGUUAUGAUGGAGCAUUUCGAGGCUACCUCCGAGAGAACAACAGAACAUAUUGAGUCUAUGAAAGAGACCUUCGACAGAACAACAGAGCGCAUUCUGGGAAUUAUGGAGCGCCUUGAGGUCAUGCUUCAAGAGCAGAAGGCCAAGAAUGUGCGUGAGGCGAAGAGCAUGAAGCGAUCGGACAAAAAGGAGGAGAAGGCUCAUGUGCAGUAG